GGGCGCGCAGCGCCGGCGCCGCGCAUGCGUCUUGCAGCCUCGUCCGGAAGCUGAGGAGUUGGUAGCGGCCGUUAACCCGCUAAGAUGAACCCUUUAACUAAGGUGAAGCUGAUCAACGAGCUGAAUGAGCGAGAGGUCCAGCUUGGGGUGGCUGAUAAGGUGUCCUGGCACUCCGAGUACAAGGACAGCGCCUGGAUCUUCCUGGGAGGGCUUCCUUAUGAACUGACUGAAGGAGACAUCAUCUGUGUUUUCUCACAAUUUUGGAAUAUUUGCAUAUACAUAAUGAGGCAUCUUGGGGAUGGGACACAAGUCUCUACAUGAAAUUCAUUUAUGUGUCACAUACACCUUAUAUACAUAGUCUGAAGGUAAUUUUAUAAAAUUUUUUCAAUAUUUUUUUGUAUGAAACAAAGUUUGCAUACAUUGAACUAUCAGAAAGCAGAGGUAUCAGGUGUAGAAAUUUCCACUUGUGACAUCAUGUCAGCACUUGGGAAGUUUUGGAUUUUAGAGCAUUUUGGAUUUCAGGUUCCUGGAUUAGGGAUGCUCAACCAGGACUAUGGUUUUUUAAAUUUGAUAUAAUGUCUUAUCAUUAUUCUUUCUUGAUGCUCAAGUUGUCCCUAUUUGAAGGCCAAUAGGAGUCCCUUCAAGCCAGAUCCUAUAUUCUUUUUUUAAUUUUAAUUUUGAAAUAAUUUUAGCCUUAAAACACGAAGGUUAUAAAAUAGUAUAAAGAAUACCUAUAUCUAAAAAAGAAUACCUGUAUCUAUUUCACCUAGAUUUCCCAGAUGUUAGCAUUUUACCACAUUUUGUGUUAUUUCUCUGUGUGUGUGUGUGUGUGUAUAUAUAUAUAUAUAUAUUAUAUUUUUUUUCUGGACCAUUUGUCAAUUGCAGACAUAAUGUCUAUUUAUCUCUAAAUUCUUCAAUAUGUAUUUCCUCAAAAUAAGGACAUUCUCUUGUUUAACCUCAGAACAGUGAUCCAAUUCAGGAAAUCAACACUGAUACAACAUUAUUAUCUAAUCUGUAGACUUUACUCAGCUUCAUCAGUUGUCUUAAUAAUGUCCUUUAUGA